AGCCACCCACGCGGUCCGGUCCGCCCCACGGAGUUUGUUGUCAUGCAGGACGCGCGCGUCUAACCCGCAGCGAUGGAGCUGUCCAACCUGUACGAGGUGGCGGCCCCGCGGCUCCCGGCGAGCCAUCACGCCUCCUCCUCCUCCUCCUCCUCCUCGGCGGCGGCGGCGGACCCGGGCGGGGACAUCGGGGACACGGAGGCGUCCAUGGACCUGAGCGCCUACAUCGACACGUCCGCCCUGAACGACGAGUUCCUGGCCGACUUGUUCCAGAACACUUCCCGCCACGACAGGCUCCGGCACGCCAACUGCGACGUCGUCUACGAGCACGCGCCGCCGCCGCCGCCGCACUUGUACGGCGCGGAGCUCAAACCGGAGCCCUACUACGAGCGCGCCCGCCCCGCGGCCAUCAAGCAGGAGCCCCGCGACGAGGACGCGCCGCCGCCGCCGCCGGCCUACCUGCACCACUACCCGCCGCCGCCGCCGCCGCACCUGCAGUACCAGGUGGCGCACUGCGCGCAGACCGCCGUGCACCUCCAGCACCCGGGCCAGCCCACCCCGCCGCCCACGCCGGCGCCCAGUCCGCACCACUACCCCCCCACGCAGCACCACCAGCGUGGGGGCGGGAAGUCCAAGAAACACGUGGACAAGAACAGCCCGGAGUACCGGCUGCGGCGGGAGCGCAACAACGUGGCCGUGCGCAAGAGCCGCGACAAGGCCAAGCUGCGCAACAUGGAGACGCAGCAGAAGGUUCUGGAACUGAGCAGCGACAACGAGCGGCUGCGGCGCCGCGUGGAGCACCUGAGCCGCGAACUGGACGCCCUGCGGGGCAUUUUCAGGCAGCACCCCUCGGACGGGAGCCGCUGAAGCCCCUCCCUCAGAGGGGGUCAGUGAUCUAUGCCAGUGGUCCCCAACCACCGGUCCGCGGACCGAUUGGUACCUGGCCGCACAAGAAAUUAUUAUUAUUAUUUUUUUUUUUAAUUAAAUCAACAUAAAAAACACAAUAUCCAUCCAUCCAUCCAUUUUCUACCGCUUAUUCCCUUCGGGGUCACGGGGGGGCGCUGGAGCCUAUUUUAGCUACAAUCGGGCGGAAGGCAGGGUACACCCUGGACAAGUCGCCACUUCAUCGCAGGGCCAACACAGAUAGACAGACAACAUUCACACUCACAUUCACACACUAGGGCCAAUUUAGAAAAAAAAAUAUAUAUAUAUAUAUAUUUCACCCCCCCGUCAAGCGUUGACCGGUACGCAGCUACAAAAAGGUUGGGGACCACUGAUCUAUGCAACACACGGUGCCUUCCGGUCCCUUGACCUUUCACCUCGUGCCCUCUGACAUGAACUCAUGAACACAAAAAAAAAUCAGCGAGAAAGGAUUUUUUUUUCUUUUCUACAUUUGUUGACAGUAAACAUUCCUCCAUGACACAUGUAUAAAUGUAUAUGAUAUAUGAAUAAAGCAGCUUGUUUUA